AUGGCCGCCAAAAAUCUGUUGGUAACACUUUUCACCGCGGGUAUGCUGAUGAGCUGCACGGGAGGCGCUUCGGCUUCGAUAGCUGCAGUCCCCGCAGCCGUCGCCGCCCCUCUCACCGUCCCCUACGCCUCCUCCUACACCGCCAGCGUCGUCAAUCACGGCGUCGCCGCCCCCGUCGCGGCGCCACUGGUCGCUCGAGUCGCCGCCGCCCCCCUGGUAGCCCCCGCCGUGGCUUCCUACAGCGCUUUACCUGCGGCUUACGGAGCUUUACCUGCGGCUUACAGCGCCUUACCGGCGGCUUACGGAGCUUUACCGGCGGCUUACGGAGCUUUACCGGCGGCUUACGGAGCUUUACCGGCGGCUUACAGCGCUUUACCGGCGGCUUACGGAGCUUUACCGGCGGCUUACAGCGCUUUACCGGCGGCUUACAGCGCUUUACCGGGGGCUUACGGAGCUUUACCGGUUCCAGCGGCGCCGUUGGUGGUGAGAAAGUAA